GGACGCGAGCCCCGGAAGUGGGGAGGGCGGGGUCUGCGCGGACGGGAGAAACCCGUCGCUCCGGGAAGAUGCUGCUGGAUUUGUCCGAGGAGCAUAAGGAGCACCUGGCCUUCCUGCCGCAAGUGGACAGCUCGGUGGUCGCCGAGUUCGGGCGGAUUGCGGUGGAGUUCCUGAGGCGAGGAUCGAACCCCAAGAUCUACGACGGCGCCGCCAGAAAACUCAAUGUGAGUAGUGACACUGUCCAGCAUGGUGUGGAAGGAUUAACGUACCUUCUCACUGAAAGCUCCAAGCUCAUGAUUUCUGAACUGGAUUUCCAAGACUCUGUUUUUGUUCUGGGAUUCUCUGAAGAGUUGAACAAGUUGUUGCUUCAGCUUUAUCUGGACAACAGAAAGGAGAUCAGAACUAUUCUGAGUGAAUUGGCACCAGAUCUUCCCAGUUACCACAGCCUUGAGUGGCGACUAGAUGUACAGCUUGCAAGCAGAAGCCUCAGGCAACAGAUAAAACCAUCAGUGACUAUAAAGCUCCACCUUAAUCAGAAUGGAGAUCACAGCACCCAAGUUCUACAGACAGACCCAGCCACCCUGGUCCAUUUGGUUCAGCAACUGGAACAAGCGUUGGAGGAGAUGAAAACAAACCACUGUAGGAGAGUUGUGCGUAAUAUCAAGUAGUCCCAGUUUUAAGGUUUAUUCCCUUUGAAUUACUUGUGAAUUAAUGAUAUGCACCCAUUACUUUUAAAAACUAAUUUUUUUGUUACUUGAUGGUGAUAAAUACAUGUAGAUUCCAUGAAAGUUCUUUUCCUGUGACAAGAUACGGAGGUCAUAUUCAAAAACUAAAGUAAAGUUCCUUUCCUGCUGCUAAAUGUGAUCAGCUUCUUAACAAAUUAAGAUGUAUUUGGUAUUUUAAAUGUGUAAAUAGGAUCAACUCAACUGAUCAACUGGAAGUGAAUCUGUACUGUUGAUGUUUUCUGUAUAUAUGAAUGACUAUCCUUUUUUGGUAUUUCUUUUCACUGUUUAACUUUAUUAUUUUCCUCCUUAUUGACCAAAGUUUGAAAAUAAAAUUGACAGUUUAAUACUCUUACUAUUCAGAAUGUCUCCAGACAGUUCAAUGUUUUUGACCUUUAAAAAGCAACGCAUCGAUGUUAAUAGCCACAGAAUAGUUCGAAAUAAAUACCAGUUUUUUUUAAUGCUAUACUGUUUAGGCAGUUCAUGCAUUUUUCUUGGCACGUGAAGCUAAUAAGUACUUGUCAUGUUGCUUAAGUUUGAGUUGUGGCUAAUUAGCUUAAAUAGUAACUCAAAUUUGUGUGACCAUAUAUUGCAUUUUAUCAAGGACAACUUUUUUCCCUAGCACCCAAAGCAUUUAAGAAACAUGCUGUCAUUUAAAUUUAUAAACAAUGCAUGUAGGAAUAAUAUAAUCAAUUCAUAAUUCUUUGGAUAUAAAUUAGUGUCGCUUUUAUAAUUUUGUUUGAAUAAAAUAUAAAGAGAGCAAAGGGAAACCAUGUUUACCACAUUCCAAGCAAAUAUCUCUUCUUCCUUACAACUCGAUUUUCUUUCGAUUUUCAGUAGGUAACUAACUAACUACUUGUAUGAGCUAUUGGCCUGAAAAGCCCAGAGGCUGAUGUGUCAGAUCAGCUUGAGAGAGUGCAGGGACACAGGCAGACUUACGGAAAAAAGGAGAAUUAAGGGGAAAAAUCAUAUGGAAGGGUGGAAAUGGGGUACAGUCUUAAAUAUUUAUCCAGGGCCUUAUUCUGAGAGUCAUCCCAGGGAGCAACCCAGGAAGGCCUCCAGAGCCAUCAGACCAAGCUGCACUGUAGGCCUAUCAACACUUUGCUUCCUGAGAAGUAGAGAUUUUCAGGUCACAGUGACCUCAUGUUUCUUUCUCUCACCAGCGAGCCUAGCAGGGAAGAGGCCAGUGAAAGAAAAGCACAGUUGAAAUUGCUGCCCGUUCGCCCCCUGCAGUCAUCUGAGUCACUCUUUUUCCCUUAGGUAUAUGUUCUGCAGUUGCAAAAUAAUUUUAUCAGAUAUUAGCAAACUAUAAUCAGAAAUAAUUUUUAAUUAUGGUGAUAAUGAAGCUUUCAUAUUAAUAACCUCACAAACAAAAGGAAACUAUUUAUUGCAUGAAAUAGUAGCAUAUGUCAUUGGGUUUAAAAGCAACAUGCCUGCCAAGGUUAGAUGAUAAAAAUAGCUCUGUGAGGCUUCUUAUUUGUCCACAUUUGGUGGAAGAUAAGCGGGGCUGACCCCAGCCAAGACUGAAAUAAUAGCCCUGUGUCUCCUCAGGGCAACCUUCCUUCCACCUCAUAUCCACUGUCCUUACCCCAAUCAAAACAAGAAAGCAUGUGUUAUUCUUUUUUCAUUUGUAUCAAACUCCCCUGACCCCCUUUCUCUAUACUCCAUUAUUCUUUCCGGUGUUCUGCCUUCACCUUUUUGGCCCAAAGUGAGUUGGGAGCAGUCUCCUAACUUCGUUUUGAACCUGGGGCUCACCUUGUAGUGCAGGCCAUCGAAUGAGCCUCUUCCUUUUCUUGUUUAAACAUCCCAUACCCCUAUGGAUUCUUCUGCCUUGUUAUUUUUAUGGCACAUUGGAUUUGUGUGUGUGUGUGUGUGUGUGUGUGUGUGUGUGUGUGUGUGUGUGUGUAGCUUGUAUAUGAACAUGUUUUCUGCAGAUGGAGUCACAGGUUUCUUGACUCAGGGUAAUGUGCCUUUCCAUGUAUAACUAUCUAAAUUCUUAUUAAAACAUCUU